AAGAAAGUCAGCCUACCGAACAGCCAGUCCGGCACGGCGCGUUGUCCCGAAUGCACGUCGAACCAUCGAUUUCCGCGUGUGCUGCCCACGUGAUCGAGCUCCAUCUCGCAACACGACACCUCUCCCCGACUCGGCCGUGCCUCGGCCGGUGGUGGAGCUGGGUUCACGGAUUCGAGCCGCGCCAUCCAUCCACGACCAACGAGUUUCGUCGUUCCAGCCGUCGAUCCACGAAUCGAUCCCUGGAUCUCGGUCGUUUAACCGGGAUAUUGGAUUUGGAAGAAAUUUGGCGAGAAAGAAGGCGGAUUGGACGUUGGCCUGGCAUCCAGAAGAGAGAAAGAGAGAAAGGAGAUCACGUGGUCGGGGAAUAUUACGGCGGUUAGACCGUGGAGGCCGGUUUUUCACCGCGUUAUCUCUCCUCCAGGGAUGAAAACGAGCGACGAAUGAAUGGGAGUGGCCAGCAUUCCGGACUGUAAGGAUCAGCGGGCCUGCUACGGAUGGAACUGUUCGUCGACGACGAUCCGGAAAAUGGAUGUCGCCAAGAGUGGAACGGAGGACUUCGUGACGGUGGUGAGCGUGGAGGGCGUCCAUCCCCAGGAGAAUUUCGUCACCGUGCUCUCGAUCGGGAGCAGGAGGGAGGAGGGCGAGGCGAGCAGCAGGUUGGCCGAGCAGGGGCCCCUCGAGGAGGAGGUGGAGGUGUACAGGUUGCCCGGGGAGCGGCUGGGCUUCGGGUUGAAGUUCGAAGGCGGGAACAAGACGUCGGAGAGGGUGAGACGGUUGUUCGUCCAGAGCUGCGCGGAGCAAAGCCCGGCGAGCAGGGCGAGAUGCUCGUGGGGCACGCUGGGGGAGGGCGACGAGGUGCUCUCGAUAGACGGCGUCCCGGUGACGCACAUGACCCGGCUCGACUGCGUGAGACGGCUGAAGGAGUCGCAGCUGGUGAUCAAGCUGGUGGUGCGGUGCAGAGGGGCGCUGAGGCCGGAGGUGGUGAGCGCGGAGAAGAAGAGCUGCCCGGAGAGGGACAAGGUGCCGCCCGAGCUGCCCUCGGCGCCCCCGCCGGUGCCCCCGCGGAAGCUGAGGCUGGCCCGAGGGCUGGCCGACGGGGAGGCGAAUCCGAACCCGGCCAAGAGGUCGUGGAGCGGCGGCGGCAGCGCGGCGAGGGCGCAGCCGGGCGAGGCCCGAUCCUCGCCGACCGCCGCGGCCGAGGCGAGCAGGUCGACCUCGUACGAGAGCUGCGAGUCGUCGCCGAGAAGCGCGAGCGGGUCGAGCCCGAGGGGACCACGGUCCCCGGAGCUGGCGAAGCAGGGGGUGAAACAGGAACCCCCGCCGGAGGCGAUGGUGUACGUGGACGCGAGGUCGCAGUGCGGCUCGACGCACGGCAGCACCUCGGACGACACGGGUAGCUCCAUGUCGACGGUGAUCGACCGGUUCUCCACCUCGGACCGGGUUUCCACCGUCUCGAGCGCCUCCACGGCGUCGACGGCGUCCGAGCAGCCGGGCGAACUGUGCCGCAUCGAGCAGGACUUCGAGAGAUCCUCGGACCCUCGUUUCGAGCCCCGACCCUCCAAGCCCUCCGCUGUCUGCCCGUUCGAGGACGACGCGUAUUACGCGUCGAAUCCGCCCGAUUACCUGCUCCGCCGCCUGGCCAGCUCCGAGGCUGUGACCCACGUGGAGUCGCGGGGCGAGGUGGAGAAGAUCACGGCCGUGGUGGCGCCCAACACGGUGCUGAUCGAGGAAACGAUCACGUUCCAACCGCCGCUCAGCUUCCAGGACGCGCCGUUGAGCUACGGGCACGAGGCGAGGCCCGAUCUCUUCUACACCGCCGACCUGGCCGCCGACUCGACCACCCACUUCAGGCCGAUCAGGGACGACGUGGAGCUGGUCGAGCGCGUCAACAGCGUCCGCGAGGCGCCCGACCCGGACAGGACGCCGCCUCCUCUCCCCGCGAGGAACCACGUGAACAGGGUCACGGUCAAUCGGCCGCCGAGCAACGCCGACUCGUCCACCCGUUACGAGCCCCCCAACGACGCGCCUCUCCUACCCCCCAAGCCCUUGCCGCGGAGGGACGUGAAGGUCAGGAGGAAGAGGCCGCCCCCGCCGCCGCCGCCGCCGCCCGCCAUCCUCCCGAGAACCGAGUCCAAGCCCUCCUCCUCGUCCUCCGCCUCCUCGCUGCCCGAGUCCCGGCAAACGAGCUUCGAGAACGAGAACGAGGACGAGCUGUGCCUCGAAACGAUCGCUGCCGACCAGCUGGACGAGGCCACCCUCGCGAGAGCGUGCCUCGAGAGCAGGGCGCAGCUGGAGCAGGAGAAGGAGGAGGAGGAGGAGGGGUCGAAACGGGGGUCGAGCCUCGACGAGAGGAGGAACGAGGAGACGGACGACACCGAGUCUAUGGAGAACUUCGAGGUUGGGGAGGGGUACAGGACGAACAAGGUGUUGGAGAUAAUCGAGAUAAGGAAGGCCAGAGCGUUCCCUCCCCGAAGGGGGGCCAACGUGCCCUUCUCGACCGAGGACGAGGACAAGAGGGGGAGGCCUCUUGACGGGGGAGAGGAGCUGGGUAACGGAGCGAAGGAGGCGGAGGCGGGUGAUCCUUGCCAGGAGUCGGGAGGAAUCGGGGGGGCGAUGGACGAGUCGGACGAGGAGCAGGUGACGAAGUUCAACGAGCCCGUGGACGGGUCGGAGAAGGGGGAGGCCGAUCUAACCUCGGCUAAUCGCGGCGAGGAAGCGAUUAUGGAGGAUGACACGACGAGCGAGGAGAGCGACGAGGGGGAUUACUAUUGGCAGAGCAACUUGGCCACGAUCGGGGAGGAGGAGGAGACCAAUUCUCUGGAAUACGCGAACCCGAACAAAGAGGCGGCCGAGAGCGAGGCGAUCGAGGCGCAGGGGAAAACGGAAUCGGCGGGCAAGGAAGACGCGUUCGAUGCAAAUGCACGGAAUGACGAGGUAGACGACGCGAAUCGAAGCGCGAAUUUCCCAUCGUCGGAGCCGCCCGUCGAAAAUCACCACUCAGAGACGGUAAAUGGUAGGAUGGACAACUGCGGAGGCGGUCAGCGGCUGCCCCCGGACGGGGACGAGUUUCCAGCGGCCUACCAAGAGUUCGGUGGGAACAGCGGGCAGCAGCAGCAGCAGCAGCAGCAACAGCAGCAGCAGCAGCAACGUUUCGCGACGACGGGGAGCGCGACGGCGAGGACGGCGACGAUGAACGGGCGCCUCGUGUGCGACGAGGGCGAGCCGUUCAUGGUGGUGAACGAGGGGUACAAGUUGCUGGAGGGGAACGUGGCCACCGGCAUCAUUCUGCAAGCCGAGAACAGGAUCUCCGUCCCGGGCGCGGAGAGCUCGCCCGUCUGCCAGGAGGUGGUUGGGAAGCUCGAGAUGGCGGGCAGCGAGCGCGAGAACGUCGUUCGUUGCCAGGACGCGAGCAGCAACACCGUCUCCCUUCUGGCUCGAGAGGAGGCGAAGGACGAGCUGGUUAAAAAGUCGGUGUACUCGGCUGCGGCGGGCUGCUACGGGGACGGGAGCGUGCUCGUGUCGGAGAGGAGGAUCGAGAUCACCGGGUAUUAUCACAAAGACGUUGGCGCGGUCAUCGAGGAGGAUCGUCGCGCCGAGAAGGACGACACGCCCCCGCCGCUACCGCUCACCGGCCCGCCCAAGAUCGACCGCGCCGUUUGCCCCACCUCGUACGCGGCGAGGAACGCCGCCCCGCUCCUGGACUCGACGGCCAGAAAAUUCACGUCGAACGGCGAACUGUGGAGGCAGGACGACAAAUCCGAACGAUCCGUCAGGGACAAGAUCGCUAUGUUCUCGUCCCAAAGCAGCCUGGACGGCCCCCUCUUCCCGAGCGCGAGCAUGAUCGCCGCGGCCGCGACCAACAGGAGGCUGUCCAAGUACAAGUCGACGGAGGACGUGUGCAGCGACGAGAGGCACUGCGGGCAGAAGGAGAGGGUCUCGUUCCUCGGGGACAGGACGCAGAGCUCGUUCGACCUGACCGACUCGGGGAGAAACGUCGGCCAGGAGCCGGGGAGGAGGUACAACAGGCAACGGUCGCCGUUCAACGCGUUCGGCGCCUCGAAAACGAGAGGUGGAGCCGGCUUCGAGGCAUCCACGCCGCCGCCCAAGUCGGCGGCGAACAGCUACUCGGUCUCGGGUCAAAAUUCCCCGACGAAGGCGGGCCUCGCGUCGGCCGCGUUGUCCCGCGCCACGAGCUUCUCCGGCUCCUCGUCGGCGUACGGGCACCAGGACCGCGCCUCGACGGCCGCCGAUCUCGCGCCGACGUUGGCGAUCUCGAGGACGAGCUCGUUGGCGUCCACGUUCAAGAGGCCCGCCGAGGACAGUUUGAGGAGGAACAGUUUGAACCAGCUGAUCGAGCAGAGGAAGAGGUCGAUCUCGAAACUGAGGGGAUUGGUGAUCCCCGAGAAGGAGACGAUAACGAUCGACGCGCCCAUCGUCGACCUACCCGAAAUCAAGUCCCGAGACUCGAUACUGUUGCAUCAGGUGUUGGCAAAGGCGAGCAUCCAGGACAAGUGGGGCUCGCAAAGCUCGUUGGCGAGCAACGCGAGCACGGCCAGCGUGCCUCUGAGGAGCGCGGCUUCUUUCAAGAUGCCCGCUCCCCAAAUACACUCCAAGUACUCGCCCGCCUUCAAGAGGAAGAGCCUGACCGUGUACGCCACGUCCUCGUCCAAGGACCCCUCCUCGACCAGCGCCCCCGUCAAAACCCCCUCGCCCGUCACCCCCAUCUCCGCGCCCCCGCUCUGCGAACCUCCCAAGAGCUUGGAGAGCAUUUGCAGCCCGACGCGAAGCGACUACAGUUUCGAGUACGCGUCGACCGCCAGCUCGCCCGAGGGAUUGCGCGGCAGCAGGCCGAGAGCCGCGCACAGGAAGGCCAGGAUGGAUUACGACGACUCGGACAACGACUCGGCCGUGAGCAGCUCGCAGAGCAGCAUAUCCCGGGGCUUCAGCCCGCCCACCUCCCCCGUCCCCUCCGAACGCUCCACCAUUUCGUCCGAGAGAUCCUACGUAUCGACGGAGAACAACUACCAACGGCGAUCCCUGAUCAUAGACAGCCCGACCAGGGGCUACAACCAGGCGAGGGAAUCGAACGCGGACGGGUCGCAAAGAAACGGCUCCCAAAUACCUCAGAGACAGUUGAAACGAUCGAACAGUACCGACACCAACUGCAGCACCUCCUCGACCCUGACCUCGGGCUCCCAGGCGAGCGCCGAGUCGCUGUCCCGAAGGGUGCUCAAGCCUCAGAGCGUGGAAGCCAUAAAUCGCAAGAACAUUCUGGCGAGCGCCAGGUGCCGUAGCGGCAGAGAUCUGAACGGAUCGCCACUGAUCCAAAGGAAGUUCGCGGACGACAAGGGGCGGUCGGUGAUCGGCGAAAACGGGGAAGAGAACGGUUAUCAGAAAAGUCGGGGGGUGAAAAAUAGCGUUUCGAAAGAUGCGGUGAAGAUCGCUUACAUCGAGGUGACGGAUCCGUUGGGAGAGGAGGAUCCCUUUCGAAAGGCGAGCGAGCGAUCCGAUUCGCCGUUGAAGAUGAGCGUCGCUCCGAGCGUGGCGAGGCCGCCCUCCAAGUUCGAGGCCUCGAUCGAGCCCUCGAACGAUUUGAAGAUGUGGGUCCGCACCGAGGCGAAGGCUCUGGCCAGGUCGAUCGAGGAGAAACCGGUCGACAAAGUGGAGAAAAAGUCGGUCGACAUCGCUGCCUCCGAUCCCGUGGACAACGAUCAGAGGAGGAACAAUAAUAAAUCUGUCGGAAUGGAGAAACAACGGUACGGCUCGAUCGACCUGUCCUCGCCGAGUAGACGAAUCCAGGAGAACGAAAACGAGUCCAGAUUGACGAGGCAACCGCGUGGCUCAUUACCACCGAACAAACCUUCCGAGGAUCAGAACGAUCUAUUGACGAUACUCACGACCAAGAGCAGAUCUAGAUCGGCGAUACACGUGGACGAGGGAAGUUUUGCUAGGUCCAAGAGCCAGAUGAGUUUGGAGGAUAUCCUGGGCGCGAAGGCGGAGACGAAGUCGGCACGAGGUCAAAGCGGCGAGACGAGAACGGAGAAGAGCAACGUUUUCUCCAACAGCCAGAGCAAUCUGGGAAAAUCUUUAUGGGAGUCGAGGGACAAUCGAUACAUUAGACGAAGCUCGAGCACGUUGAACGAGUAUUGGAACGAGGAUCAUAAAUCGUUCUCGAAAGCGUCAACGUUGGAAAAAUCAAGAUUGGCCGAGAGCAGCGCGGACGAGAUGAUGGAAGUGGAGAAAUCGAAAUCGGCGUUGUCGAAAAUUCCAACAUCGAGAAAUCUCGGUCGAAGAAGCGUGAGUGUCACGGAUAUGAAGAAGGCUGUGGAGGUAAACUUUACCGGUGCGCAGAGCGUUGGAACUGGUCAUAACCGGUUUCCCAGUUUGGACAGUAGCGUGGACGAGAAUAUGUCUCCUGUUGGAAUCGAUAUGGACACGGACAGAUGUUGCAACGAACAAUUUGGAAGUAUCAGUUCGUUGGCGAGCACCACCAGUUUGAUCUCGCAACAGGAAUUGGCGCAGUUGGUCGAAGAGGCGAGUCUGGAAGAAACUCGAGGUGCUCACGACGUGAUCGUUGUGCUGCUUCACAAGGAGAAUCCGACCGGCAGCGUUGGAAUCACUUUGGCCGGUGGAGCGGAUUGCGAGAUCAAGGAAAUCACUAUUCAUCGAGUUCUGGCCCAUUCCAUAGCCGACAAGGAUGGUCGUGUGCAGAGAGGGGAUAGGAUCCUGAGUAUAAACGGAAGAAGCACGCAAGGUCUCACGCACAGAGAGAGCAUAGCGGUGCUCAAGCAGCCCAGAUCGGAAGUUGUUUUGGUUGUCUCUCGAUCGAGGACGGAGGAAGGGUCUUGCAAAUUGAAAUCACGAACCGCGAGCGUCGAAACUAUCAUCGAAGAUUUUGUUCUCGAAGGAUUCGAGACGAACGAUACUGCAGAGGACACUGCGUGGGGUCCACCGUCGGUUGUAGCAGUUUACAAGGACGGAACUGGUUUGGGAUUCAGUCUCGAAGGAGGUAGAGACAGCCCUCUUGGGGACAGGCCGUUGCUGAUCAAAAAAAUAUUUACCGGAGGUGCUGCUGAGAAAACAGGUGCCUUAAAGGCAGGGGACCAGUUAUUACAAGUAAAUGGAUAUGAUGUGACACGAAUGUCAAGAAUCGAGGCGUGGUCUCUUAUGAAGAAAUUACACGAUGGCGAAGUGAACCUCCUAGUCAGGCACCCUGCCACCAAAUCGUCGUAAAUGGUAGUCAAUUCCGAUAAACGUGUCGUAUGUAUAUCGUAAACACCAUGGAUGCAAUACAACGAAUUUCAAACAAGUGCAAUGGUUUCAUAGAAUGCAAUUUUUAUAUUGAAUUUGAACGAUACAAUACGCGUUUGGAUGAUUCUUGUGUUCGAAAUCGGAUUUUAUUGCGAAUAUUUAGUGUAUCUUUUCAUCUACUUUCAAAAAAAUAGAGUAAUCAAAUAUAAUUCGUUGAAAAUUUACUGUAGGAUCCAUAAAUUUUGCUUAUAUAUGUAUGUGUAUAUCAAGAUUAUAUCGCUAAAUAAUUAUUUGAAAAUCUUUGCGAGAAAGAAUUUUUUUUUUUUUUUCGGUAUUGUGGUACUAUCGAGUACAAUGUGUAAUGUCCGUUUGCAUACGUGAGGAAUACCUUUCCUAAUCAUCAUCUACUAUUAGUUUGUAUUGAAGUUUAAAGUAUUUCUAAAGAACGUAUGUAUAAACAUGUUUUUGUUUAAUACGAUAUUAUGAAAUAAAUAGAGAAAAAUAAUUUGUAAAUAAAGAGUGGAAAAAUUCAAAAUACAAUUAUUCUAGAAAUAUGGCAUAUAUAAUGUAAAAAAAAGAAAGAAAUGUUAAUAUAAUGCAUCAUUAAAGUAUUUAAAUGUAGACUGACAUUCGUUUCUAGGUUCGCGUUUGUUAAAAAUCAUGCUGUGAUAUAUGUAUGUGUGUUAAUAUAAAAGUAAUAAGCAUAAUAAUAAAAAUGGCUUGUCUUUAAUAAAUUCUUUAAUAAACUGAUUAUAAAUAUCUCAUCAA